GGGCAAUUUCGUCGCCAUGUAAAACAGAGGAACUCUACAAUCGGCUCCAGACAACCAAAUAUAGAAAAUAAAUAUAAAAUGGCUGAAUAUACUGUAGUAACUUCAGAUUUUAUAAAUGUCAGCAUCACGAGUUCUGGACAAAAAAAUUGUAUUGAAAGAAGAUUUCAAAAAGGAAUUACUAUUGAUGAUUUUAAGGGAAAAUUAGAACUGUUAACCGGUGGGAACCGGUCUACCAUGCAAUUGGAGGUUUUUGAUAAAAAUAAUAAACUUAUUUGUAGCCCUAAUGAAGGAUCACGUCUUCUAGGAUCUUAUCCUAUUGAUGAUGGAAUGAUAGUACAUGUCACCGAUAAUUUUAUGCGUCUUGAUGAUGAUCUAGCAAAUGUCCCAAAGUUUGAAAUUUCCGAUGAUGAUUACUCGAAGCGGCCUGACACUGUCAAGGCAUUUUUAGCUAAAAAUAAGUUAGGAAAGUACAACGAAGAAGAAAUGAAGCAGAAGGAAGCAGAUAAAAAACGUGAAGAAGAAUCAGAAAUUGAAUGGACGAAGAACUUCAAUCCAGGUGAUCGGUGUGAAAUAAGUGUGCCGUCACAACCGAAAAGACGUGGUACAAUUAUGUAUGUUGGUAAAACAGAUUUUAAGGAAGGUUUGUGGGUUGGUGUCAAGUACGAUGAGCCUCUUGGAAAAAAUGAUGGGUCGGUAAAUGGAAAAAGGUAUUUUCAAUGUCCGCCUAAAUACGGUGGAUUUGUUAAGCCUCUUUAUGUGAAAAAAGGAGAUUUUCCAGAAGAGGAUUACGAUUUAGAUGAAGAACUUUAA